AUGAUAUUUAUACGUGAUCCUUGCGGCAUAGCCUGCCUCAUAGUAACCUAUGGAGCUGUGUUUUAUGCCGACUAUGUGGUUAUGCGUUGGAUUAUAUUGACAACAAUGCCUGUUAGCAUUUGGGCGCCCAUACAUGUGGUGCUCUUCAAUACGGUUGUCUUUCUGCUGGGCAUGUCACAUCUAAAAGCUGUCUUCUCAGAUCCUGGCAUCGUGCCCUUGCCAGCCAAUCGCUUGGACUUCUCCGACCUGCAUACAACCAACAGCAACAGCAAUAAGCCGAGCAACGGGCACAGCAACGAGUGGACUGUGUGCACGCGUUGCGAGACUUAUAGGCCGCCCCGAGCACAUCAUUGUAGAAUCUGCAAACGUUGCAUACGCCGCAUGGAUCACCAUUGUCCAUGGAUAAACAAUUGUGUGGGUGAACGCAAUCAGAAAUACUUCCUACAGUUUCUUGUCUAUGUGGGAGUGCUAUCUCUUUACUCUGUGGGGCUAAUACUUGGCUCCUGGGUAUCGCCAUGCACCGAGUGCAGCCAGAAUGUGAUUGAAUCUCAGCUGCGGAUGAUUCACUCGGUUAUAUUGCUGCUAGAGUCGGCGCUCUUUGGACUGUUUGUCACGGCUAUUAUGGUGGAUCAGCUGCAUGCUAUACUCUAUGAUGAGACAGCCGUGGAGGCGAUACAGCAGAAGGGCGCCUAUAGACCCAAUCGUCGUAAGUAUCAGCUCUUGGCGGAUGUUUUUGGACGUGGUCAUCCAGCGCUCUGGCUGCUUCCCUGCGCCAAUUUGAAUCACAAUGCGCGCUACUAUGAUACGCCGCUGCUCAGUCAUGAUGUUUAGAAUUAUAUAUCCAUGUAUAUUUUUUGUCCAUUGAAUUUUGCUUUAUAGGUUAAUAAUAUUGUCAAUGUCAAGACAGUUUACCUUAAAAUGCAAAUGCAAAUUCGCAUUGUUUAUGUUUAUUACAUGCAAUAAUUCCAAUUCGCAAUCAAUGCUUUAAUUUUGUUAAUCGAUAUACUCAACAGCAACUCAAUAUUUUUUUACCGCAAAUCAAAAAGCAGAUAUUUAGCUAUAAAAACUAUAUACAUACAUAUAUAUUGAUAAACAUUAAGGCACCAAUCAGUCAUACCAAACGUAAUUAUAUGUAAUAUCAUUUGUAUUAAUGUCAUAGGUUUUUAUUGUAAACAUACUUCAUUUUCAUGUUUGUAAUUAUUUAUUAGCUGACAUGCUGGCAGUAAAAAUAUUUUUAAUCAAUUGUACCAUACAUAUAUACUUAUGGAGCUCUAUAUAGUAUAAUUGUCAUU